AUCAUUCAAGCAGACUGUGUACGAUGUGAUUUUUACCAACAAUAACAACAAAAUGAACACGAUCUCUCAAUACAAAAUAACAAUGUGAUAAUUCCUUUUGUACAUAAAUCUUUAGCGUGUAGUGAAAUUAAACGAAAUAAGCUUUUCUUGUGAUAUCUCAUUCUAAUUAAUAAAUUGAUAAAUGGAAAUCGUAAUAUUGGGAUGGGGCCUGUUGAUUUGUUUGCUCUGUUUGACGACUUUUGGUUUCUUCUCGUGCUUCACGGCCGCCACGGGAUGCGUCGCUUUUCUAAUUGGAUUGUUGACGGUGCUUUAUCUGCAACACGCCAACUUGGAGAAUUAUCUUGACAGCGGCCUUUUAGAAAAUCCGUUGGAGGACAGGAACACCAAUAAUGGAAUCAAAAACAUCGUUUCACUCCUCUCCGAGAGGCGACAGCCCGGGCGCCCCGCUGCCCGGGCCGACAGCCGCCUGACCGGCAGCGACGUAAUCGACCGCGCUCUGCGCGACAUCGUGACAUACGCCCUGCGCGACUACGUGCACACAUGGUACGCCAAGGUCACCAAUCUGCCCAACGAGGACGAGAGGAGCUUCGACAGGACGAUCAGGACUUCGGUUCAGCACGCCGUGUCGAGGAUAUCCGAGAGAGUUAAGCAAGUAGACUGGUUAACUUUCCUAACCACCAAAUUGGUGGACCAAGUGGCAGAGCACAUAAAGUUGUACCGACAGGCACAACGUGAGUGUGCCAAAUUACUGACUGCCAAUUCUGCAACAAGUAAAGUUAGCCCAAAAAGUUCUCCGAAGAAACAUCUCAAGACUCACAGGAGGAACAAGAGUGAUACUGAUGUUAAAUGGAAUAGUCCGAGUCAAACAAAUUUGCAAGCAAAAUUUUACACAACAGAUAACCAGUCAUCAGAAACCCAAUUGCGGGCUGAAAAUGUUGACGAUGAAGCCGUAGAAUUGUUUUUGUCCAAAGAUAUUCGAGGUAGAAUAGUGUCUGAUGAAAGCAGUUUAGAAGAGCAUUUAACAAGUCUAGUAGACUUGGUGUUAUUUUUCAUCUUGCCUUCGGAAGAUUUUGCUUGCCCGAGUUUAAGAAGCAUUUUGGGGUCAUUGAUUUCUUGCUGUGUACUUAGGCCUUUGUUCGAUUUGCUAUCGGAACCUGAUACUGUUAAUUUGAUUAUACUGAAAAUUUGUUGCAAAGAUGGGCCACCGGCCGGUGAGCAUUUGCUCACGACAUUAAGAUUCUGUAAUGAUGUUAAUGAAUUAAGUGUCAUGAGGGAAAUGUUAAGAGCUGAAAUUCACCAACUUAGGUCUGCAAGUAGUCUGCACGUCGACAGUUCCAUUAAACAACAAAUUGGCAGUUUGCAAUAUGUUGAGAAAAUGAUUAAUAAUAAAUUGGGACAACUUAAAGGAAAUAUAGAACCAGAUACCUCGUCUUCAACAAUUCUACCAUUGCUAUCGUUCGAACAAUUACUGAGCGGCGACGUAGCCUUAUCCUUUUAUCUCGAUUAUUUAACACAAGUCAACAAACAGAACUACUUAUUUUUUUAUAACACCGUGGAACAUUGGAAGACAUCAGUUCGUGAACAAUCUCAAAACAAAACAACGAAUCAAUUGGCGACAAAGAUGCGCAGUAUCAGAAAUGGAAGUACUACUUCUGCAGGAUCGAUGACGGCAACAAAUGGUAAUAAUAACAGUCAUCCGAUGAAUUCAAAUGAGGAACUUCGAGAGACUGCCCAGAAGAUUUAUGAGAAGUUUUUGUCUGACAAGAAUAGUGAUAGAGUUGAAGUGCCUUCGCAGAUGCUGAACGAUUUGAGGUUGAAGAUAGCCAACAAAGCUCUUAAUCCAUCUGAAAAUUGGUUCGAUGAAAUACAAGACAACGUAUUUGGAAAAUUCAAGACCGAAGACAUCUUCCUAACCGAUUUCUACAGAAGUCGACUCUACAUCCACAUGUUGGCAGAGCUCGAUAUGCUCACUCAUGGUCAACACGACUACGAUUGUACCUCAAAUCUGGACAAUGACAGUGUGUCCAGUUUAGAAAUGGUUGCUGGUUCCAGCGAAACUGAUUCUGGUGGAGCACCAGCUGAAAACGAAUCAUCGGCGAAUGAAACAACUGUGAAAAAGGACAAGAGCGAAGUAAAUGGUGCCAGAGGAAUGGAUAGUGUCAAAGCUACAGUUCCACUUAUCCAACAGACCAAUGUGGAUGGAGUGUUACAAAAAAGUGAGGACUAUCAAUUCGAUGACAAAAAGUUGUCGACAAAGUUCGAUUACAUGAAGCACACAAGAUCAAGAAGUGAUUCGAUUGUUCGGCAAAGAACUUUAAGUCCUCUGAAACAUAAUGUUAAAAAUAUUGAUGGCCAAGGUUUGGUGCAGCAGACUAAUAAAUUUGGUAAUACCAUAGAAGGUUCUGUUGCCACAGCCAAGUUUGCUUUCGAGCAUUAUAGUGCUAAUUUUUUGGCUGAGAAUUAUGAUUUGUCGAUGGAAAUUAUACAAACAGCAAUUGCUUGUGAAGGAGGAAAAUCCUGGGGCGUAUACGCUCUAAAUGUUUUAUGCCAUCGCAAAAAACAGCAAGACACUACUACAAACAAUAAUAAUAGUGUAACUCGUCAACAAAAUUUGCAAAACGAAAGCAACAGCUCCUUACUGCAAUGGCACGUGUAUCGAAGAUACUCGCAUUUCUUAGACUUACAGAAAUCUGUCAAGAAAAAGUAUCCUGAUUUGUCAAAACUUCCAUUUCCUGCAAAGCGUGCUUUUCACAAUAUGGAUCGAACAGUGUUGGAACAUAGAAAGACAGUUUUGAAUUCUUUUGUGACUGCUUUGUGUGAACAUGCAAGAAGGAUUAAACAUCACAAUCAGUCGCAACGAGUUUACUAUUACGAAGGACUUUUGGAAUUGCUCAUCGAGUUUUGUGAACCACAAGCUUAUGAUAAACAAGUUGCACGGGGGGCCAUGAUUAGAACGAUUGAUACAAUAGUUAGUCCAUUACGAUCAGGAAUGCGCAGUAUAAAAAACAUGCCCGACCAACUCCUAAACAGCGUUGAUGAAUUCGUUGGAGGCUUGUCCAGGGUUCUAUUAGGAGUCCCCGAUGAAAUAGAUGCUGAUAAUCCGGCUAUUCGUUCAGCUUUAGUUCUAUUAGACGAAGCUUUUGACUUGAAAGGACGUUCACAAUGGUUGAGACGUGGUGUGCUUUCAAAAGCACUACAAGGCACUUGGCUGGGAAAUGUUGUAAAUAGAAGAUUGCUGCAGUUGGCUGGAUCUUUAGCUGGUCACGGUAUGGUGUUACAAGCGAUAUCAUAUGUUCGAAAUGCCCUGUGGCCAAAUGGUGAACGAGCACAAAGUCCACCAAAACGAGACCAGGAUACAGUUCACAGGACCAGAAUAGCAGCAAAAACAGCACUUCUGGCCAGCUUCUCUGAGGACCUUAAACAUGUCCUAGGAAGCGAAACAACUCGUCUAGGAUUGUUAAAUGUAUGUCUACUUCUGCAAAAGAAACAAUUAAAUAUGAGAUUGAUACUAGUUGUGUUCGAAGAUAUACUCACCGCUUUAUAUCCCAGUAUUAUGAAAGCUUUAAUUUCUAAGAACAAUGAAAAUUGUAAGACAAUGAAGGAUAAUAGAUAA